ACAGUUGUAACUCCAAAACAGAGUAGGACAGAUAGAAAGAAUGGGGAAGAGAUUCCAGUUGCCCAAGCUCUCCCGAGUGAUCCCAUCAUCUUUAUACUACUGCCGUUCCAAAAACCUCGACGACACCUAUCCUUCUUCCCAUCCCGCCCCUAUUUCCUCCUUCCACCGCCUUGUCUCCGCCUCCGCCGCUCAUCCCCUGCCUCCGCCGCCAGAUCAUCCCAGCAGCAGCAAGCCACGUGACUCCUCCUCUUCCAUCAAGCGCCACGUGUCCUCCACCAUCACCUCCGUCGGCUGCGGCUGCGCCUCCAAAUCCACCGCCUCCGCCCCGCCUCCGAGGAGGAGGCACGUGCUCCGAUGGGAAGAGGAGGACAAAUGGCACGUGGCUGUCGCUAGCAAUCACGUGAUCGAGCCCCCUGCCUCGAAGAAGGCAGCGUCUAAACGGCGCGUGAAGAAGAAGAAAACGACGAGGAUCCGGAUCUCGACUUCCUCCGCCGACACUGCGGGACUCUUCAGCAGCGAAUUAGGAGGUCCGGAGGACCACGACGAGGGCGAGGAAAUGGAGGCGACGCUGGUGUCAUCCUGUAGAAGCUUCUCCACCGACGAAGACGAUGACGUGGCAGACUCCUCCCCUCAGUUGAAGACCAUCAGCGAGACAGUACUAUUUGGCGCCGCGACGAGGAGGAAGGACAGACGAGGAGCGCGCAGGAGGCGGCGGAGGAAGGUUGCGGCGGCAGGGGAGGUGGGGUCGCCGGCGAGGCAGUCGCGGUUCUCCCAGUGGGUGAUGCCGUGCAGGGUGGAAGGGAAAGUGAAGGAGAGCUACGCGGUGGUGAAGAGGUCGGAGGAUCCGAGGGAGGAUUUCAAGAGGUCGAUGGCGGAGAUGAUUCGGGAGAAGGAGAUGUUCGAGGAGAAGGAUCUGGAGCAGCUGCUGCGCUGCUUUCUGUCCCUGAAUUCCCGGGAUCACCACCCUGUCAUCGUCCAGGCUUUCUCCGAGAUUUGGGAGGACUUAAUUUAAUAUUUAAGUUUAGUCUUAGUUAAUCUCUGCCGUUAAUUAUUAGUUAAUUAUUAUGGCGUUUUCGUCAAACGAGUCGGGAUCCGAUGGUUUUGACUGGACAAAACGGUGUCUUAAUUAGCUAGGCGAGGUGUUGUCUUGUCAAUCAUGCAGGAAAUGGAAAUUCUCAUUCUUGGUUACUACGUGUGCAAGUUGCAACAGUGGAAAGCUGAUGUCUCUCUUGCCCUCAAAGUAGGGUGGUUAUUUGGACCGGGACCGGAUUAAAAACCGGAAACCGGACCAUAUAAUCCGGACCGAGACCGGACCGGGACCAGAUAGUAAACAAUCCAAUCCAAUCUUUGGGCUUAGAUUUGAGGUAAAAAAUCGGAUAAAGACCGGAUAAGAGAGCUCAACACCCAAAACUUAAGGGUAAUUUGCAUAAACGGUCACAAACCUUUGCACUUAGUACAAAACUUAACCAACUCCUCACCCUUUAAGGCCUUAGGCCACUCAAAUCCCACAAUCUCAAUGUAAAAUCAAGACCGAAUUGGGACCGGACCUGAUCAAAACCGGACCGGAUCAAGACCGGACUGUAUCCAAUCCAAUCUUCGGUCCUUAUAUUUUCAAAAAGACCGGACUGGACCGGAUCAAUUUGGGCCAAUUUAACCGGACCGGACCGUAUAGCCACCCCUACCUCAAAGGCUCAAACAGUAUUACUGAGUAGUGAAAUGAAAAACCAGCAUUAGUGGCCGUCACCGCCUUCAAGGUGGCGCGUGAGCCAAUGAAGGGUGUUACAUUAGUGAAAAACAUCUUAGGACUAAUGAUCGGAUCAUCAUUGCAUUCGGUCCAUUUGAUCCGGCUCGAUCCGGUCCAAAUAUGAGUUCGGUCCAUAAUUUCUUCAAUAAUUAUUUAAUUCAAGUGGACCAAGAACUGGACCGUAUUAUACUCAAUUCUGUUCAGGGUCCAAAAUCCAAACUUCAUUUUGAUCAAGUGCGAUCGGUACAGACCGGACCAUUACACACUCCCUAGAAACUAGUUUUAAGUUACUAGGUAGAGGUAAAUGACCUAAUAGGCAGAAUGGGAGCCUAUUAAUAUUGCUAAUGCUUGAGGACAGUUGAACAGCUAGGAGGCUAUGUGUUGUGAUAAUAAUGAUUAUGGUAAUUAAGUAAAUGGUAAAGG